UCGCACUUUCCUCAUCUCGCCUACCUCUGUUCUGACUCUCUUGUGGAUCCUGUUCGGAAUGGGAAACAAGAUGAAUGCUGUUCUGUUAUGUUUCUUUCUGUCAAGCUUGUUGCUUUCGCUGGUUUUUUGCGAGCCCAGCGAUGGGCUGCGUAGGAUUGGACUGAAGAAAGUGAAGUUGGACCCGAACAACCGGCUUGCUGCUCGGCUCGGGUCCAAGGAGGGAGAGGCGUUCCGAUCUUCCAUUAGAAAGUAUCAUCUCCAAAGUAAUCUUGGAGAUGCUGCUGCGGGCUCUGAUAUUGUUGCGUUAAAGAAUUACAUGGAUGCUCAGUACUUUGGUGAAAUAGCCAUUGGUAACCCUCCUCAGAAAUUCAGCGUUAUCUUUGAUACGGGGAGCUCUAAUUUGUGGGUCCCAUCGUCCAAGUGUCAUUUCUCGCUUUCGUGCUAUUUCCAUGCCAAAUAUAAGUCUAGCCAAUCCAGUACCUACAGGAAAAAUGGAACUUCUGCUGCAAUUCAGUAUGGUACUGGAGCAAUUUCUGGUUUCUUUAGCUAUGACAACGUCAGAGUUGGUGACAUAGUUGUUAAGAAGCAGGAAUUUAUUGAAGCAACAAGGGAGCCUGGUGUUACAUUUUUGAUGGGCAAAUUCGAUGGUAUUUUAGGACUUGGAUUUCAAGAAAUCUCGGUUGGAAAAGCUGUUCCAGUGUGGUACAAUAUGGUUAAACAAGGUCUUAUUAAGGAACCAGUAUUUUCGUUCUGGUUGAAUCGUAAUCCAGAUGAAGAGGAAGGGGGUGAGAUUGUCUUUGGUGGUGUUGAUCCUGCUCACUACAAGGGCCAGCACACUUAUGUACCUGUGACACAAAAAGGCUAUUGGCAGUUUGACAUGGGAGAUGUCCUUGUUGAUGGCAAAUCCACCGGAUUUUGUGCCAAUGGCUGUGCAGCUAUAGCCGAUUCUGGGACUUCUUUGUUAGCAGGCCCCACGUCCGUAAUUACCAUGAUAAAUCAAGCUAUUGGAGCUGCUGGAGUCGUUAGUCAAGAAUGCAAGGCAGUUGUUGCACAGUAUGGGCAAACAAUAAUUGACUUGCUUUUGUCUAAAGAAGAACCGAAGAAGAUUUGCUCCCAAAUUGGAUUGUGUGCUUCUGAUGGUACUCACGGUGUUAGUAUGGGCAUUGAGAGUGUGGUGGAUGAGAAUGAAGGAAAAACACCUGGUUUUACGCGAGAUGCUACCUGCCAAGCCUGCGAGAUGGCUGUCGUAUGGAUGCAAAGUCAGCUGAGGCAGAAUCAGACAGUGGAUAAAAUAAUGAACUACAUCAACGAGCUGUGUGAUAAAAUGCCUAGCCCAAUGGGACAAUCCGCUGUUGAAUGUGGAAAAAUCUCAUCAAUGCCUGCUGUUUCCUUCACUAUCGGUGAUAGAACCUUUGAGCUUGCUCCAGAGGAGUACAUACUGAAGGUGGGAGAAGGCCCUGCAGCUCAAUGCAUUAGUGGCUUCAUUGCUUUAGAUAUUCCUCCACCACGUGGCCCUCUCUGGAUCCUUGGAGAUGUGUUCAUGGGGCGAUAUCACACAGUGUUUGACUUCGGAAAGCUGAGGGUGGGGUUCGCUGAAGCAGCAUGAAACAAAGUGAUGUUUCCCCCAAAAGCCAUGGUUAUUUGCUUGUGGUUUUUGGACUCCUAGCUAUCAUAACGGACCUUAAAAGUGUUAUGGCUUUGUAUAUACUGUCGACUUACUCUCGCUACUCGCUUGACUGGUGUUUGUGAGGCUAUGGCCGUAAUGUGGCACUGAACUAUGGAUUAAAAUGUUAAGUUAAAAGGGUUGUAGAUAUGGCUCUUGGGAUUUCUUAUUUACUUGCCGUCGUUUCUGUUUAGUUGCUUGUGUGUGAUGUGUUCGUCAUGUCGUUUAUUAGCAAGAUUAGCAAUGUUUCAA